AGGAUUUCUUAUGAAUCGCAUUUCCAAAUCCAAUGCAGCAAAUUAUAAAAACGCUUAAAAAGGCAAGGAAUUUUAUAUAUUUGUUCUUGAACAUUUUGGUCUUGAAACGAAGUGGCAAAUGACUUGUAAACUUGGUAGAAAAUACUUUCUUUAUGUUAAAGUAGCCGGUUAAGGUCUAAUUGAAUUAGUUAAGCUGAGAAUGUACAGAUAAAAAUUGUGGUGCUCGGUGUUUUUUAAACUUGUUUCAAAAACACAUUUAAAAAAAAAUAAUUGUAAUUCAAAAUUAUAUUUUGCACAUUCUUAUAUUUUUAAAAGCGUGUUUCCUUCAACUGACUUUAACCGAAAAUUACUUACGGUGUUUUGUUGGAGUAUAUUUAGUUUUUGUGCAUGGAAUACCUGUUUUUUCUUAGUGUUAAGCUCAACUAAUUUAAUUAGACUGUUACAAAAUAUCAACUGUCAAUAUUAUUAAUACAAAGUCUAUAAAUCAUUUGCCAAUGCAAACUCCGAAAGAAAAAUGUUCAGUUUAAAAUUUUUUAGCUUUAUAGGAUGUUUAUGUGUUUGUAUAAAUUUGCCUCAAGGAUUUGCCGAACUGGUUCUAAAGAAAUCUAUUGCCGUCUCAACAGUAGAACUGAUAAAGCUUUUGGAUGUUGAGGAUGAGCUGGUGGAGAACCUAAAGGGUUACCAAGAAGUAUUGAAGAAUAAACUCCUUUUGAUUGAGAAAUCCCUGAUAACUAUGAAUACCGAGCACAAAGAAAUGAACAGUGACUAUGAAGCGUAUUUGGGAAAUCCUCUGAACAGCUUUCGACUGAUACAUCGCCUACAUACGACCUGGAGGAAAUGGCACGAUUAUGCCCUUAAGACCAAUGAGGAUGCAAUAGAUCACAUGAAGAAGGCACGUGAUAUGAGGAAGCGCUUACCCACCUCGUUAGAUUUGAAAAUUGCCUGCCGCGGUAUUAAUGACUUGAUGUCCUUUUAUAAUCUUAAGCCGGAUGAACUGGCAGCGGGUAAUUUAGCCGGUUACUCAAAGCCACAAACAGCACUCUCAGCUCAGGAUUGCCUAGCCAUGGGAGAGUUCAGCCUACAAAUUAGGAAUGAAGAUAUUGCAGUGGCUUGGUUCAACACCUCUUUGGCUCGAUUCACAGAGGAUAAGCUUAGUUAUAAGGCCUUUAAAUUUAGCAGACAGACAGUGCACACGUCGUGGGGAUUACUUUUGAUGAAGAACAGUCAACUAACUGACGCCUCUAAUCACAUCGACAGAGAUCCUAAAGAAUUAAGUCCUAGCCCAGUAUCUUUACACUUUCAGAAAGAGUUAGCCACAGAGCGAAACUGCAGUGCUGUUUACAGAAAACCUAGUCGACUCCACUGCCGAUAUAACAGCUCCACGACCCCCUUCACGCGAAUUGCCCCUCUGAAAAUGGAGGAGCUUAGUACCGAUCCUUACAUGGUGAUUUUGCACGAUGUGAUCUACGACAGCGAAAUUGAUUCGAUGCUAAACUCCAGCAAGUUCCUCUUAUCCCUCGUUGAUGCGGGCCAAAAGUCCGAUGUGAGAGCCUCUAAGGAUUCAAAUAUAGAGGAUAUCGACAAGCUAGAAAACCGUGUGGCGGAUAUGACCGGCCUAAAUAUGGAUAUGAGCGAUGCGUUCUCGCUGAUUAACUACGGAUUGGGUGGCCACUAUAUAAUGCACUACGACUUUUUUAACUUCACAAAUAAGAUUCGAAAAAGGCAAGGGGAUCGCUUAGCCACUGUUUUGUUUUACCUGGGUGAUGAUGACUCUGGUGGGUCCACUAUCUUCCCUAUGAUUAAUGUUACCGUAACGCCCAAAAAGGGAUCGGCGCUCUUGUGGUACAAUCUGCACAACUCUGGCGAUGUGAAUUUGAAGACCAUACACUCAGCCUGUCCAGUGAUUAGUGGUUCCAAAUACGUGCUAGCAAAAUGGAUUAACGAAAUGCCGCAAAUGUUUUCCAAUCCAUGCAUGAAAAAUGCAAACCUUCACUCUGAUUAAAGUAUUGUAGGAUCUUAAAUCCUCCUAAUGUAAACUAAGAUCCGAAUUAUAAUAAAGUAUUUUUAGUUGAAACAUUACGCACCGAAAAA